AUGUCAGCCGCCGCACCACCCGUGAAUGGCGGAUUCGGAUCUGCAGCACACGUGGUCGUGCUUGGCAUUGACGGGAUUGCCGUGCCCGAGUUCCUGGUCGAGCUGCAGGGCGGCCGACUGCCCAAUUUCGCACGCAUUCGCGCAAAUGGACGCUACAGCGACCACACGCGGGCCGUCGCGCCGACCUGGUCCAAGCCCAACUGGGCCUCCAUUCUGUAUGGCGCCGAUACGUCCAUCCACGGCGUCGACUCGAACGACUGGCGCUUGGACGGUCCGCAGGCGGUUCCGUCGAUUGUGGGUUCCGCCGUCCCGUUCCCAAACCUGUUCUCGGUGCUCAAGGCGCAGGAGCCCGACUCUGCCACAGCGUCCAUCUAUGCAUGGCCUGGCAUCAGCACGCUGACGCUGCCGCGUGAGUGCGUCGACUUUGACAGGGAGUUUGCCGACCAAGACCGCAAGACAAUCGACUGUGCCAAAGCGCAUUUGCUCAGUGCCAAACCACGGCUGACGUUCAUCCACCUGGACGACGUGGAUCACGCCGGACACGACCAUGGCAGUGGCAGUGAAUACCGAGCAGCGCUCCGCACGACCGACCAAAUGCUUGGCGAGCUGCUGGAGACGAUUGAGGCCGCCGGAAUGAAGGAGACGACGCUGCUGCUGAUUGUAUCCGACCACGGUCGCGACAGCCAAGGCAAAGACCACGGCGGAUGGAGUCUGAGCGAGAUUGAAACGACAUGGAUGGCAUACGGCGCGAUGGUACCGCCCGCACCAACUCCCGAAACUCCGCUGUCCACGCCUGUGAGCCUGGUUGACACGUCCCCAACCGUGCUGCACGCGUUGGGUUUGGACCAGCCCCUCGAAUGGCGCGGAAGACCCGUCCUUGAGGUGUUUGGGGUCAAGCCGAAGUGGGUUUGGGCCGAGAGCGCCGUUCGCAAGCAGGCUGCCUGA